CCCCGGCAAGAGCAGAGAGCGAAGAAAGACGUGACAGGCCGCGAGUGAAACGAAACACAUCCUAAUUCUACGACGCCAGUCGCACACAGCACAAUGCCGACCUACUUCCUCACGGGCGCGAAUCGCGGCAUCGGGCUCGAGUUUGUGCGCCAGCUCUCGGCAUCGCCGUCCAACAGCAUCAUUGCGGCCGUGCGCUCGCGGAAGAGCGACAUCGACGCGCUCAAAGAGCUCGCGCGCGCCAACGCAAACGUGCACGUGAUCGAAUGCGACGUCUCCUGCACCGAAUCCAUCGCCAGCCUCGAGUUCCGCGUCGCAGAGAUCCUCUCCAAGACCGGCUCCAACCUCAACUACCUGUUCAACAUUGCCGGCAUCAACGCGUCGUCGUCGGACACGUCGCUUUCCAUCGACCCCGCCAGCCUGCAGCGCCACAUGGACGUCAACGUGCUGGGCCCGGCCAAGAUCGUCGAGACGCUGCGGCGCUACCUCGCGCGCGGCGCCAUCGUCAUGAACAUGUCGACGGGGCUGGCGAGUCUGACGGUCGCGCGCGACGUGUCCAAGUGCUGCACGUACAGCAUCAGCAAAGCGGCGCAGAACAUGCUGAGUCUGCACCAGGCCAGGGACCUGCGGCGGAGUCACGCGAUUGUCAUCUGCAUGGAUCCCGGGUGGGUGAAGACGCGGAUGGGGGGCAAGGGCGCGUUUGUGGAGCCCGAGGUGAGCAUUUCGGGGAUGCUCGAGGUUAUUUCCGGGCUGCGGAAGGAGGACAGCGGCAAGUUCUUUCGGUUUGACGGGGGGCAGAUUCCGUGGUAAUGGGUGUGUGGGUUGCGUGGUGGGGUGGUGGGAAGUAAUGCUACGGGGAGGGGGUAAUGGAGAGAGAAGGUGGUAAUGGAAGGAGAAGGAGAGGAGGGCACGCGAGGGCGCGCGCGAAUGACGUGACGCGUGCCUCGGCUUCAGGGUCCCGCCAGCACACCAUCUGCUGCAUAAUACAGAACAUCUGCCACUUCCCACAAACGUGCCAGCCGCUCUCGACACAGCCCUCUCAAUGCCUCAGACCCGCGGCCAGAGACGCAGCGCCGACAUGGAAGCCGCUCUGAAAACCUUCUUUUCCGCCUCGCGCUUCGCCGUCGCAGGCGCCUCCUCAGACCCCUCCAAGUACGGCCACAAAGGUAAAGUC